CGCCCGCUCCCGGCACCACCCCGACGCAUCCCCAGGCCGGCGGGGGCGCGGCCACAGCGGCGGGCGGUAGGCGCCCUGCGCGGAGGUCGGCCGGGGCUUCGGGACCCGACGGUUCGAGCGGCCCUGGAAUGGCGCAAAAGAAAUAUCUCCAAGCAAAACUGACCCAGUUUUUAAGGGAAGACCGAAUUCAACUUUGGAAACCUCCGUAUACAGAUGAAAAUAAAGAAGUUGGCUUGGCAUUGAAGGACCUUGCCAAGAAGUACUCUGACAAGCUAGAUUGCUGUGAAAAUGAAGUGGAAAAGAUAAUAGAAGAAAUACGUUGCAAAGCAAUUGAGCGUGGCACAGGAAAUGAAAAUUAUAAAACAACAGGAAUUGCUACAAUUGAGAUAUUUUUACCUCCCCGACUAAGAAAAGAUAGGAAAAACCUGUUGGAGACCCGAUUGCACAUCAGUGGCAGAGAACUGAGGUCAAAAAUAGCUGAAACCUUCGGAUUUCAAGAAAAUUACAUCAAAGUUGUCAUCAACAAGAAACAGCUUCAGCUAGGGAAAACUCUUGAAGAACAAGGAGUGACGCACAACGUGAAAGCAAUGGUGCUUGAACUGAAACAGUCUGAAGAGGACGUGAGGAAAAACUUCCAGGUUGAAGAAGAAGAGCAAAAUGAAGCCGAACUAAAAGAAAAAAGAAUCCAGAGGACCAAGAGAGGCCUGGAGAUCUUGGCGGAGAGAGCUGAGAUGGUGGUGGAUCCAGAAACCACGCCGUAUUUAGACAUAGCUAACCAGACGGGCAGAUCCAUCAGAAUUCCCCCUUCAGAAAGAAAAGCCCUUAUGUUAGCUAUGGGAUACCAUGAGAAGGGCAGAGCUUUCCUGAAAAGAAAAGAAUAUGGAAUAGCCUUGCCAUGUCUGUUGGAUGCUGACAAAUAUUUCUGUGAGUGCUGCAGGGAGCUGUUGGAUACGGUAGAUAACUAUGCAGUGCUCCAGCUGGACAUAGUGUGGUGUUACUUCCGCUUGGAACAACUGGAAUGCCUUGACGAUGCAGAAAAGAAACUAAACUUGGCUCAGAAAUGCUUCAAAAAUUGUUACGGAGAAAACCAUCAGAGGCUGGUCCACAUAAAAGGGAACUGUGGGAAAGAGAAGGUGCUGUUUUUAAGACUUUACUUGCUUCAAGGUAUCCGAAAUUAUCACAGUGGAAACGGUGAAGAGGCUCGUGAGUAUCUCAACAAGGCACGUCAACUCUUUAAAGAGCUAUAUAUUGAUCCAUCAAAAGUUCACGAUUUGUUGCAGUUGGGAUUUACUGCCCAGGAGGCCCGGCUUGGCCUGAGGGCAUGUGACGGGAACGUGGACCACGCGGCUGCCCACAUUACCAACCGCAGAGAGGAAUUGGCCCAAAUAAGGAAAGAGGAAAAAGAGAAGAAAAGACGCCGGCUGGAGAACAUAAACUCUUUGAAAGGAAUGGGCUACUCUACUCACGCGGCCAAGCAGGCCCUGCAUCAGGCCAGCGGGAACCUGGACGAAGCCCUGAAGAUUCUUCUCAGCAAUCCUCAGAUGUGGUGGCUGAAUGAUUCAGAUCCCGAAACCAACAACCAUCAAGAAAGUCCUUCCCAGGAAAACAUCGACCAACUGGUGUAUAUGGGCUUUGACGCGGCAGCAGCCGACGCUGCCUUGAGAGUGUUCAGGGGGAACGUCCAGCUGGCAGCUCAGACCCUCGCCCACAACGGAGGAAGCCUUCCUCCUGACGUGCAUCUCUCCCUGGAAGGCUGUUCGUCGACACCAUCCACGUCCCCUUCCGACUCCGCAGGUGCCUCUAGUGCCUCAACAGAUGAAGAUAUGGAGACAGAAGCGGUCAAUGAAAUAUUGGAAGAUAUUCCAGAACAUGAAGAAGAUUAUCUUGACUCAACGCUGGAAGAUGAAGAAAUUAUUAUCGCAGAGUACUUAUCCUAUGUAGAAAAUAUAAAGUCAGCAACAAAAACGGAAUGAUGGGCAGAAAUAAGUACUGAGUUUCUGCUUAUAAAUUCUAUCAUCAUGAAAAGCCCAGUGCAGGUCGUCUUUUUUUCCUUCUUCUUAUCUGAUUUUGCUCCAAGAGUGCUUCCUCCUUGGGCACAGGAGGGGCGGGCAGGGAACGGGCCAGCGGUGAAGGUGAGAGGAGACUGGGGGGGUGGGGGGGAGCCUCCGGAUCUAUUUCCUCUUCAUCUUGCCCGGCUCCCCUGCCCUCCUCCGCUCACUGCUGCUCUCUCUUCCUUCUUCCCACCAUGCAGCUCUGCCUUUCAGCUUCAGCCUCGCUGCCCCGUCGCUAAAACGUCCUUAAAGUCUUCAGCCGAUCCAAGUGCCCUGGGGACCUAGGGAGGAGGCAUCCCCUCCAGUAGCCAUACCGCAUUGUGGCAGACUGAAAGCUCGGGUUCUGUGCUCUUCGUUUAGUAAAAUAUGCACUUGUAAUUCAAGGUUGAAGUUGAGAAUUUAUAGACGUGCAAAAUUCUUCUCUACAAAAAUGAAAUCCUUUUAUUAAACAGGAAAGUCCUUAAA